CAAUGUGAUUGUUAUCACCUGCUAUUCGGACUAAGAGGCCCCUCACCGGCAUCCCGGCUUCUACUCGUGGUCCACCAGAUAACAGGAAGAGGUUUAAGUGCCGCGCACGAACACCCCGGACGACCUAUAUAAGAAGGCAGUAUCUCGACAUCCGAGAAUGCGUCCUAGUAUCCACCAUCAUGGCGGACGAAGUCACCGACAGUCCUCCCUCCACUCCGGUGGAGGUGAACGAGAAGAAACCUGAUCUGCAUGUUCAGGAAAAGGCAGACAUUCAAGAUGUCGAGGUCGCCCCAGGCUUUGUGGCCGAGGCAGACUUUGAGGGACAUUACAAGGAUGUUCCUAUUGGAGAGGGCAUCGUCCCUGAUGAUAACGACGAGUUCAUUGAUCCUCGUCUCAAGGACUACCCUAUACCUUUGGUGGCCAAGACGGUAGAUCUGCGCAAUGACCCAACCGAGCCCAUCUUAACUUUCCGAUUUUGGACCUUGUCGACGUUCUGGGUCCUUGUCGGUUGCGCCCUUUCUACCUUUUACUACUUCAAACCAUACUAUAACACCAUCACGAGUUAUGCCGUCCAAUUGCUGUCUUGGGGGAUGGGUGAUGCUAUGGCCAAGUACCUACCCAAGAGGCAAUUCAGCUUUUUCGGAUGGAAGUGGACCAUGAACCCAGGGCCGUGGAAUGCAAAGGAGCAUGCACUCAUUGUUGUAGCCUACUGGGGUAGUUGUUAUACAGCCUAUGGAAUGGGUCCCUUGUCCGCUAUCGAACUGUACUAUGGUGAGAAGCUCAACGCUGGGUGGUCCAUGUUCUUCCUGCUCGCCUCUCAGAUGAUCGGAUAUGGCUUCGCGGGAUUAUUCCGUGACAUUCUCGUCCGGCCGCCCCAGAUGUACUAUCCUGGGGUGUUGCCCAACGUGUCACUGUUCAAUGCCAUGCACAAGAACCCCUCGGUGACCAAGAAAGCCCUCAAAUACUUUGCCAUUGUGGCUUCUGUCACAUUUGUGUAUGAGUGGCUCCCGGAGCUGAUCUUCCCUUUGUUGAGCUCACUCCCUCUGAUCUGUUGGUUUGGUCACGGCAACUGGAAGGCGUUUGUCCUGGGCUCGGGAACCUACGGAUUUGGCAUACUGGAUCUCUCGCUCGAUUGGAACUAUAUCACCUUCUUGUCUCCAUACUAUACCCCACUUUGGUCUAGUCUCAACCAGGGCAUCUUCGCCAUGUUCUGUUGUUGGGUACUCUAUCCGCUCAUCUACUUUACCAAUACGAUGAACGCGCAAAACUUCGCCCCCAUGGAUACCGGGACAUAUACCGCCAAUGGCAGCACCUAUGAUGUGACUGCCAUUGUCGGCUCCAAUAUGGAGCUAAAUCGCACGGCGCUUGCGGAGUACGGAGCUCCUUACUGGGCUCCAUCCUAUGUGUUCUACUGGUUCUGGACUUUUGCUGCCCUGACAGCUUCCAUGGCUUAUGCAAUCCUCUGGUACGGCAAGUCGGGCUGGAGAGAUCUCAAGGCCGCUUGGCAGAACAAACGCAGCGACUACGAUGAUCCAUACCUCAAGAUGAUGUCCUUCCAGAAGCGAGUGCCUCACUGGUGGUAUCUCACGCUGCUUGUGAUUUGCGCCGUGAUUGCAAUCGCUCAAGGAUACGAAGGGAACAUGAAGCUCUCCUGGUGGGGAUUCGUCGUGAUCUGUCUCUUUUCAUUUGUCUUUACCUGGCCCAAUGGCAUUCUCUGGGCUGUGGCCAACAUUCAGGUCGGCAUGGGUUCGUUCAGUGAUCUGCUAGCGGGUGCCAUGUUUCCUGGCAAGCCUACUGCCGUGCUGUCCGCGUAUACCUACGGCUACUGUGUGUUGGAGCAGAACCUCAACCUCAUCUCGGACUACAAGUUCGGGUUUUACAUGAAGAUCCCUGAGCGCGAGAUGUUCUGGGGGCAGGUCUGGGGCACCGUGCUCGGGCCAUUCAUCAACUACGGCUUCAUGCAACUAAUUAUUGAUCGAGAGCGACCGUUCUUGAUUGGACAGCGGAGCUCGGAGGCGUGGGACGCAGUUCAGACGCGUGUCUACUACUCCAACUCCAUCAUCUGGGGCAUUCUAGGACCCAAGGAAUUCUUCGUUGACCGCUACCCUUGGGUGUAUUACUCCUUCGUGGUGGGUGCUGGGACUGUGAUUGUGACCUGGCUGGUGCAAAAGUGGAAGCCCAAGUGGGAUUUGGAACGCUGGUUCAACCCGACUCUGCUCUUCUACGGAGGCUACUUGUUUCCGUACUACCCCACCACGAACUUCUUCAUGUCUUUCCUGGCGUGUAUCUUGUUCAUGGGAAUCCUGCCUCGGUACUUUCCCGUGUGGUGGAGAAAGUACAACUACCUGACGGGUGUUGGUCUGGAUUGCGGAACGCAGCUGAUGACUUUGGUUUGUAUCUUUGUGGUCAACCUCCCUAACCUGUCGUUUCCCGCGUGGUGGGGCAAUUAUCCGGAUGUUACCGACCGGUGUUUUCCUCCAUCCGACCUGCCUGCGAAUGCAUUGAACUGAUGCGUGGUAUACGAGUCUGCUGAUGAAUUAUAUUGAUUACUGAUUGCAUGCCAUGGUGA